AUGACUUCCCCGCAUCUCAAGGCUGUCAUAUUUGAUAUUGGCGGGGUAGUUUGCCGUAGCCCCCUCAUCGCCAUUGCCAAGUAUGAACGAGAGCGUGGCAUCCCGUACAACUACAUCAAUUGUUCCAUAACAGGCCGUGGCUCGCAGGGCGCGUGGCAGAAGUUCGAGCGCGGUGAGCUAUCGCUCUUCCCAUUCUACGCCGCCUUCGGUCGUGAGCUUUCCGACACCACGCGUGGAAACGUGUGGUACGCUGAGUAUUGCAAGCGGAAGGGCAUUGAGUGCCCUGAACUUCCACAAACGCUCAACAUCGAUGGGCGCGAGCUUUUCGGUCGAAUGAUGCGCGAGAGCGGCUCUUGGGAUGAGCGGAUAGUGGACGCAAUACGUCGUAUCAGAGCCUCUGGGCGAUGGCGCGUCAUAGCACUCACGAACAACUUCGGCAAGAGCGAGAGGGACAUGGUUGGAGAUGCACCCCCUUCGCUAGAUCAAUACCCUGAUUUUAGUAUCGAGUCCGAGCUUGAGUUUUUGGGCUGGCAAGAAGGUCCCACUCCACCCCGUCUACGGGAGCUCUUCGAUGACUUUUGCGACUCGAGCACUUUUGGAAUGAGGAAACCCGAGCGCGCGUUCUAUGUCCUCGCGUGCGAGAGGAAUGAUAUUCUGCCAUCGGAAGCCGUGUUUUUGGAUGACCUCGGACUCAACCUGAAGGUGGCGCAGAACCUUGGAAUGGAAACAAUUCAAGUUCCUAUAGGCGACUCGCUUGGAGCUCUGAAGAAGUUGGAAGGCAAGCUAGGCGUCGACCUUACCAGUCAUGGCGGAAUUGCUCCCAGACAUGGUAUGCAGGGUACACUCUCGAAGUUGUAG